CGGGCGGGUUGUCGCCGGGGCUGCGAGCGGCGGGGCUCGGGACCCGGAAGCAGAAGCGGGACCGGGAGGCGGCUGGAUGGGAAGAAGCGGCGACGGCGGCGGGAGGCGAUGGGGGAGCAGCAGAGCUCGCUGAGCGCCUCGCGGGCUGCCGCCGCCGCUCCGCCCAGCCCGGCCGGGGGCUCACGGGAGGACGGUCCGGAGGAGAGGCCGCCGCCACGGGAGGCGGCCGAGCCGGGAGAAGGUGGGGAGCCUCCGCCCUCCAUCGGCUCCGAGAGACGAGGGGGCGGCGGGGACGCAGCGGGGGAGGACGAAGAGGAGGCGGCCGGGCCGGAGCCGCCGGGCGCGGGGGAAUCGGCGGAGGAGGGGCUGGAGGGGGGCAGCGGUCGGCGCCGCCCGGCCCGACGGCACGUGUAUUGCACCGUGUACUGCGUGGAGAACGACCGGCCGGGCCCCGGCUCCCCGCCCAGCUCCGGCAGCGCGCAGCCCCCGGCCCGGCGCGGAGUGGCGGCGGGCGGCGACCCGCUGUCAGCGGGCGGCAGCAUCGAGGUGGUGGACUUGUACCUGCUGCCCGAACCCUUCUCCGGGCUGAUCGGCGGCGACUUCGGGCCGCUGCUGGUGCUGAGCUGCCGAGUGUGCCUGGAAGAGAAACCCGUCAAGCCCCUGUCCUGCUGCAAGAAGGCGGUGUGCGAGGAGUGCCUCAAGCGGUACCUCAGCUCCCAGGUGCAGCUGGGACAAGCAGAUAUAAAAUGCCCGAUCACAGAGUGCAGCGAACACCUGGAUGAAACAACUGUCCUCUAUAACCUGCCCCACGAGGACAUUAUCAAGUAUAAAUAUUUCCUGGAACUCAGCCGCAUCGACUCCAGCACGAAGCCAUGCCCUCAGUGCAAGCACUUUACAACCUUCCGGAGGAGAGGCCACAUUCCUACCCCUGCCAAAUUGGAGAACAAAUACAAAAUCCAGUGUCCAUCUUGCCAAUUUGUCUGGUGUUUCAAGUGCCACUCUCCCUGGCAUGAAGGUGUUAACUGCAAAGAGUACAAAAAGGGAGACAAGCUGUUGCGUCACUGGGCCAAUGAGAUUGAGCACGGGCAGAGGAAUGCUCAGAAGUGUCCAAAAUGCAAGAUCCACAUCCAGAGAACAGAAGGGUGUGACCACAUGACCUGUUCCCAGUGUAACACUAAUUUCUGUUACCGCUGUGGGGAGAGAUACCGCCAGCUCCGUUUCUUUGGAGAUCACACAUCAAACCUCAGUAUCUUUGGAUGCAAAUACCGCUACCUCCCCGAGAGACCACACUUGAGGAGAUUAGUGCGAGGCUCUGUCUGUGCUGGAAAGCUACUCAUCACACCCCUAAUACUGAUUCUGGGACUGGCACUGGGAGCCGUAGCUGUUGUAGUAGGUUUAUUUGUGUUUCCUAUCUAUUGCCUUUGUAAAAAGCAGAGGAAGAGGUCACGGACAGUGUCACUGUUCCUGGUGUGUAACAGAUCUGAAGAGAAUAACAAUCCAUGGCCUUUAUUCCUGAGCUUCAGAGUACCUCUGUUCGUCACUGGACUUCUUUCUCAUCACAUCACUACAAGGGCAAUGUAAUUUGGAGUUGAGACUCAGUUUUUCAUUUUUAGUUAUAAUCCAAAUGUAUCGUACAAAUACAACUUAAAAGAAAAUAAUGAAGUUGUGUUAACAGUGAUACACCAAAGUAAGAAAAUUAGAAAAAUACCUACUUACAUUAAAAAGAGCUGUGAUCUUGAAGAUUAGAUUUGUAGUGUGAAGGUACUUUUUGAAUGUUUGAAGACACAUAUGUGUAUAUAUAGGUGCAUAUUUAUGUGGGAGAGGGGAAAGGGAGAUAAUCAGUGCCCUAAGUCUACAGACUUCAAAAUUAACACUCAGAAAUAGUGUAUCUUUUGAGAGGGUUUACUUUGUACCUCCUUCUCCGAAAGUUAUUACACCUGAAUCUAGUUGUAACUUUUAAGUAAACAGUCCACUUCCCUGCCAACAUAAUACUCCGUUGUUAUAAGAUACUCACUCUGACUUCAAAGCCUCAGUGGAAGAACUGAUGAAUUCUGUUUAUUUGGAAACACAAAUAUCAGUUGACCAUAGUUGGCUAGUAUGUGUCUUUUCAGACAGCUUCUGGUUUUGUUUCCUUGUUAUUUUUUUUCCUCUUGUUGAAACCGUGAACACAAGCAUACUGUAACAGUCAGCAGUACUUAAUUUUUUGUUUGAAUUUAAGGGCGUGUUGACCCUGUUGUCCUGUCAGUUGAAAUAGUACCUUUGUAAGAUGUGUUAAUUAAGCUGGGAAGCAAUGACAUUUAGAAGUAAAGUUCAAAUACUAUUCUCAAUGCAAAUGCGCCUGCUAAUUAGAUUUCUUCUUCUGUAACACAUCACUUUUCUAGUUCUGUUUUAUCUGCAGGUUGGAAACUGCCUUAAAAUCAAGUCUUGGUUUUGAGUGUUUUCUGAGGCCAUACAUAUCAGUUGUCUUUGGCUUACUCAGGGAUUCUUAUUCCUUUGUUUAAAUGUCAAAUAAUGAAAAUAUUUUUGUAUUAUUUAGAAAAUUUCAGACCUCAGAGAGUGAGAGAUGCAUUUAUAUAUAUAAAUAGAUUUCAUUUUGCAAUACAGUCUGUAAUACCAUGUCAAACUAUUCCACUUGAGAAUGUUUUAGUACUUGAGAUUAUCUGUAACUAUACAGUGUGUUAAUUUCCUUUCUUUUCCUGUUUCCUUAUAAACUAUGUGAGAUACUCCUGCAGUUGUCUUAGCUGUAUUUUCUCUUCUGUUCACUAUUUUCAGUUUCUGAGUUCAGUAAGAUCUGAAAUUAAAAUGCUAGAAUAAUGAGCAUAAAGGGAAGAAAUAGAUCUGCAUUUAUUUUACUUUCAAGAAGAAUGUUAUCUGUGUGGAGGGAAAAGCAUACAUCUCAACUCCUACAUUAUAAUUUCAUUCAGACCAUUUGGAUUUUAUCAGAACAGAUUAAAUGAAAGUGGUUCUUCAUUUUUUUUUUUACAUGCAGCAAAACUAGGCAUAUUUGACCAUUUUAAGAUGAGAGAGUCCAAUCUCCAUUUCUCUGUAGAGAAAAAGGUAGGAAUGACAAUAUUUGCUUUUCUCUGUAGAUAAGGAAAAAAAAUGCAGGAGCCAGGCAGAGUAAGAAUACUGAAGUCUUUCUAUCCAUAUAAAAAUAUGGCCAUUUGAAUAAUAUGUAACAAACAAUUUUUCAUUAACAUUAUAUAGUACAGCCAGUUGAAAUGUAAAAUCUAACCCAGUAACUUCAUCCAUUGAAAUGUAAAUUUCACACAGCUAUUCUCAUUAUAGGAAAUGUUACAUUACAUCAAAGUCAUGUCAUUUAUUUUACAGUCAUUAAUUUUUUUAAGGAAAUUGGGUGAACUGUGUAAGAAAUGUAAAAGAUGUUCUUCUUUCAGGACCUAAUGAUAUUUUGGCUUUUUUAACUGUGCUCUUAAGUCUGAAACCAUCAGACUCUUCUAUUACAUCUUCAUUAGCAGGAAAUAUCAUCAGACAGUCUGAUUAACCUGCUAAGGUGGAUGUUGCUAUAUGCCGAGUAUCCACAUUGCAUUCACUGUAUUCAGGAUUAUUUAUUCUUCUAAGAAUUGCUUGCUCAUCAGUAUCUGUAUUCAGAUUAAGUGCUUAAAUCUGUUCUAAGUGAGCUGAAUUUCUAAGCUGUCUGGAAAUCUUUAUGUUAAUGUAUUGAGGCUCUUUUGCACUUGAUCAGAGCUGCAUGCCCUGCAGAGGCUCCAGGCUGAGCAGAGCUUUGCUGGCUUCUGCUUGGGCAGGUCUCUGGGUUGUGCCAGUUGCAAGAGACUGCUUGCAAUUCAGGCUGAAGCUGCUUUUUCACUUUGACCUGUCAUCUCUCCCUGAAUUUGAAUAACCUGGAUGGAGGUGCACAGCUUCAGCAGUGCUGGCCUUUGCUGCAGCAUGGGGCCUUUGUGGACUUCUUUGCUAUCUUUUUAGGACCUGUCAGUAAUUAUACCCACUACAGCUAAAAUGUCUGUCUUGAUCUUGGUCUUCAGAUGAGACUGAAGUAACAAGAGUUGUUCUAGUAUUGUGUCACUCUACACUUUCAUGUAUUUCAUGUCUUCAAGUUAGCUCCUGUUUCCAGAUCAGCUGUUUUCAGGUUAGUAUGGCAUAGUUAGAGCUGCUAGAACCCUUCACAGUUUCCAGUUAUGCCUUCAAACUGGCCACUCCAGGUAUGUGCUCUAUAUGCUGAGUAAGUCUGUAUAGCCAAAUAAAUGCCUUUUUUUUUUUUUUUUUUUUUUUUUUUUUUUUUUUUUUUUUUUUUUUUU